CAUGAUAUAUUUUGUAUUGGAUGACUGCAUCACACUUAUAUCUCUCACUCAUAAUCAAUAUGUAUAACUUAUCAUGGCUGAGCUGGCAAACAUAGUAAUUUUAAAAUCUGGUUUAUCACUUUCGUCACUAAUGAAUGAAUGAAAAACUGUGAAUAUGAUUUGAAAUUUUGUAUACGAGAAUGCAAAAUGUCAAUGACAAAUCCAGAUAGAGGGUGGGCUUGGAUUAUACUUGUGGCUUCUUUCGUAGAGAAUUGUUUAGUGGGGUUUUCUCUCUAUGCUAUAGGACUUAUUCAUAUCAUAUUUUUAGAAAAGUUCAAAAAGGAUAUAACCUUAACGUCAUGGAUUAGUGCUAGCUUUAUAUGUCUCCUUAGCUUGACAGGACCGUUGGCCAGUUAUUGCAUUGGACGAUGGGAUUGUCGAGUUACUAUGAUAAUGGGAUCCCUCCUCAUGACGACAUCGCUAGUAGUCACAGCAUUUGUAAACAACAUACUACUGGCAUUCAUAAUUUUUGGUGUUUUAGCAGGUCUUGGCGUAGGUCUGAUGUUUACAACUGGAUUAAUUGUUAUAGCUUUUAACUUUGAAAAGAAACGUAACGUAGCAACCGGUAUUGCUGUGGCAGGCUGUGGGAUUGGUCCAUUUGUUUUAAGUCCUAUUUAUCAGAUGAUUUAUAACGAGUAUGGAUAUAAUGGAUUCUUUCUAUUCUACGCUGGACUAUCUUUCAAUGUUUGCGUCGUUGGAGCAGUUCUACGACCGUCGCGAUUGGAAGUUACUAGUAAAAUGGAAAAAAAUAGAAAAAGAAAGUUACGUAAAAAUUGCUGUGAAUGUGAUUUAACCGUUGUGAAAAACAUACCAUUGUUUUUUGUAUGCAUAUCGGGAGUGUUCUUCAAUAUUGGAAUUUUUCUUAUCUACUUACAUUUCCCGGCAUAUGCAAUUGAAAAUGAUUCCACACAAGUAGAAGUAUCUUGGUAUUUAUCUAUAGCAGGUAUUUCUAGCUGUAUUGGACGAGUGUUACUAGGAAUGGCAACAAACAGUGAAGAUGUUAGUGAAGAUAUAAUAUUCUUUGGAACGUACUCGCUUAUCGGAGCUGCCACCAUUGUAGUGCCUUUAUUCAUCAAAAUUCACUAUGCUAAAAUGAUGUAUUCUAUAGUGUUAGGACUGAAUUCUGGCAGCUGUUAUGUUGUUAUUAGUUCUAUUGUUUUUAGAUUGACUGGACCUGACCACGUUGCACAAGGAACUGGUUACGUUAUGGCCUAUAUAGGAAUUGGAUCAUUAGUUGGACCACCUUUAGCAGGUGUUAUCGUUGACAAUGGUGGUAGCUACGCAACAUCGUUUAUUAUAGCAGGUUUAUCACUGAUAUUUGGUGGUUUUACAGAACUCUGUAAUGUUUGCUUUAAAACGAACCGUUACAAUAAACCAGUGAUUAAGGAAAUUGAGAUGUCAAUUAAGGAUGACGAGAUUAUUGAUAAAUACCAUCAUGCCGAAGAGGAGAAAACUGUCUUAACAUAAAAUAAAUAUAGAAUUUCCUAAUUCAGGGAGAAACAAUCGGAACUUUUCUAUUGGUCAAACUAUCGACUUAUGGAUCCAAUGUUUAUUAUUUAAAACAAAUUUACUGUCAUGUUUAAGUCGACCAGGGAGUAUAUCAAUUUACAUCUACAUGUCAGCACUAAUGUAUAGAGACAAAAACGUCUUAUUAUAAGUGAAAGUCAUUCCUUAACAGGAACUUCUUUCUUUACCAAUUAACUUAAUACAUUUCAUAUAAUCCAUUAGUGUAAUGUGUGGAUUCUACAUCAUUCGGGUCGUAUAUACAAUGAUACA